CUUGCGCGAAAGUCUCAAAAGACACAAACCCGUCGUGGCAAUGCUCCGGUAGAACGAGACCAGUAAACCAAAUCAAUACAAGCAGCGGUAGUCCAGAACGACGACGCAUUAGAUCUCGAGUAUACAGUCGCAUUGUGCUCGACUAGCUCCGCCUUUAUCCCAAUUCCCAGAUCUCUGUUUCUGCGCUCUCGCCUCGCCAGUCUAAACGACGACGUCUUCGCAUUUGUGAUCAUCUUCAAGACUUCAACGGUCAAUUCGAACAAGGCAACACGUACGCUUUGGAUAAUUUUCAGAGAUGGCGGGCGGCGCUGCUGGCGGUUUUGUGACGAGAGCAUUCGAGUCUAUGCUCAAGGAGUGCUCUCCUAAAAAGCAUGCAGAUCUUCAGAAGGCUAUUCAGGCUUAUUUAGAUAGUACGAAAGAGGUCAACCAGACUCAACAAACCGAACCAAGUGAGAAGAAUCAAGCUACAACUUCAGCUGGUGAUGGAAGUUCUCCUGAAACAGAAGAUGGAGCUGCAAAAACUGAUACAGUGCCAGGUCAGUCUCAAACUGAGGAGACAGAGUCCGUUGCCAAGCCGGUGAUCACAACCACAACUAUUUCAACUGUCCUAGCAAAGGCCGGGAACACCUUAGAAGGAGCUCAGGCAGAGCUUGUUUUGAAUCCCCUACGACUUGCAUUUGAGACAAAGAACUUGAAAGUCCUAGAACCUGCUCUGGAUUGCAUUCAUAAACUCAUUGCAUAUGAUCAUUUAGAGGGAGAUCCUGGUCUAGAUGAUGGUAAAAGUGUACCACUGUUCACAGACCUUUUGAACAUGGUUUGCAGUUGCGUUGACAACUCAUCACCUGAUAGUACCGUUCUGCAAGUGUUGAAGGUUCUUCUUACUGCCGUGGCAUCCACGAAGUUCAGAGUACACGGGGAACCUUUGCUGGGAGUUAUCAGAGUGUGCUACAAUAUUGCUCUGCACAGCAAGAGUCCCAUAAACCAAGCAACGUCAAAGGCAAUGCUUACACAGAUGAUCAGCAUCAUAUUCAGGAGAAUGGAGACUGAUCCGGGACUUGAGGUUGCAUCAACUGGUUCUGUUGGACAUAUAGAAACCAUUUCAGGACAAAAUUCAAAUACAGAAGCUGAAGAAACUUCCUCAGGACAAAGUGAGAAAGAAAUGACUUUAGGAGAUCAACCUAACCAGGUCAAAGAUACGCCCAUUGCAUCUGUUGAGGAACUUCAGAAUCUAGCUGGCGGUGCUGACAUCAAGGGCUUAGAGGCUGUCCUGGACAAAGCUGUGCAACAUGAAGAUGGUAAAAAGAUAACCAGAGGGAUUGACCUCGAGAGCAUGACCAUAGUUCAACAUGAUGCUUUACUGGCUUUCCGCACGCUUUGCAAGAUGGGGAUGAAGGAAGACAACAAUGAAGUUACUUUGAAGACAAGGAUUUUGUCUCUUGAGCUCUUGCAGGGUUUAUUGGAAGGGGUUGGCCAUCCAUUUACUAGGAACUUCCAUUUUAUUGACUCGGUGAAAGCAUACCUAUCAUAUGCUUUGUUGCGGGCUUCAGUUUCACAGUCUCCUGUCAUAUUUCAGUAUGCAACUGGAAUUUUUUUAGUGCUAUUGUUGCGCUUCAGAGAAAGCCUCAAGGGUGAAAUAGGCAUCUUCUUUCCCUUGAUAGUUCUACGAUCACUGGAUGGCUUGGAUUUUCCAAUUAACCAGAAAUUAAGCGUUCUUAGGAUGGUUGAAAAAGUUUGCAAGGAUCCUCAGAUGCUUGUUGACAUAUUUGUGAACUAUGAUUGUGAUCUUGAGGCACCAAACCUGUUUGAGCGUAUGGUUACAACUCUAUCCAGAAUUUCUCAAGGGACUCAAAACGCAGAUCCAAAUGUGGUUGCUGUAUCACAGGCAACCUCAAUUAAAGGUUCAUCUCUUCAGUGUCUCGUGAAUGUGCUUAAAUCACUAGUUGAUUGGCAAGAGUCGCGUGUAGAAUCAGAAAACCAGAGUAAUAAGACUCGGUCUCUAUAUGGUGAAGCUAAAGAAUCUGUUGAUGUAACUAGUAACUUUGAGAAGGCUAAAGCUCAUAAAUCUACAUUUGAAGCUGCCAUCUCUGAGUUCAAUAGGCAACCAGUAAAGGGUGUAGAGUAUCUGAAAUCAAAUAAAUUGGUGGAAAAUACACCCAGUUCAGUUGCCCAAUUUUUGAGAAGUACUCCCAGUCUGGACAAGGCUAUGAUUGGGGAAUAUUUGGGUCACCAUGAAGAAUUUCCCCUUGCUGUGAUGCAUGCUUAUGUAGAUUCCAUGAAGUUUUCAGGAAUGAAGUUUGAUACUGCAAUUCGUGAACUUCUUAAAGGAUUCAGACUUCCAGGGGAAGCUCAAAAGAUAGAUCGCAUCAUGGAGAAAUUUGCAGAAAGAUAUUGUGCAGAUAAUCCAGGUCUUUUCAAAAAUGCAGACACUGCAUACAUUUUAGCAUACGCGGUUAUAAUGUUGAAUACUGAUGCGCAUAAUCCAAUGGUGUGGCCAAAAAUGUCCAAGUCAGAUUUUAUACUCAUGAAUGCUGUGGAUGAUGCAGAAGAGUGUGCUCCAACUGAACUUCUGGAAGAAAUCUAUUUUUCAAUUGUUAAAGAAGAGAUAAAGAUGAAAGAUGAGACUGCUGGUCUUGAGAAAAGUGGAAAAUAUAAGCGAGAAGGUGAAGAGAGAGGCCGCCUUGUCAGUAUCCUUAAUCUGGCUCUUCCCACAAGUGCGCUGUCCGUUGAUACUAAGUCUGAAAGUGAAGCCAUCAUUAAGAAAACACAAGCUAUAUUUCGGAACCAAGGAGCAAAAAGAGGGGUCUUCUAUACUGCACAGCAGUUAGAGCUAGUAAGGCCUAUGGUUGAAGCUGUAGGUUGGCCUUUGCUCGCUACUUUUUCUGUUACAAUGGAGGAGGGUGAGAAUAAGUCGAGGGUUGUUCUCUGUAUGGAGGGAUUGAAAGCUGGAAUACACAUUACACAUGUUCUCGGAAUGAAUACCAUGCGAUAUGCCUUUUUAACAUCUCUGGUCAGAUUUACUUUCUUGCAUGCUCCGAAGGAAAUGCGUAGUAAAAAUGUGGAAGCACUGCGAACUCUACUAUCUCUUUGUGACUCAGGGACUGGCUCCCUUCGAGAUACAUGGAAUGCAGUUUUAGAAUGUGUUUCUCGGCUUGAGUUCAUUACUUCAAAUCCCUCUAUAGCAGCAACAGUCAUGCAAGGAUCAAACCAAAUCUCCAAAGAUGCUCUUCUUCAAUCUUUAAGGGAGUUGGCUGGAAAACCUUCUGAACAAGUAUUUGUGAAUAGCGUUCAGCUUCCUAGUGAUUCUGUAGUGGAGUUCUUCACUGCACUCUGUGGUGUAUCAGCUGAAGAACUAGAGCAAACCCCAGCUCGUGUGUUUAGCUUGCAAAAACUUGUUGAGAUCAGCUACUACAACAUGGCUCGUAUACGCAUGGUCUGGGCUAGAAUAUGGUCUGUUUUGGCAAACCACUUUAUUUCAGCUGGGAGUCAUCAUGAUGAAAAAAUUGCUAUGUAUGCAAUAGAUUCCCUGAGGCAGCUUGGUAUGAAGUAUCUGGAGCGGGCGGAACUUGCCAAUUUCACAUUCCAAAAUGACAUUCUUAAACCUUUUGUUGUUCUUAUGAGCAAUAGUCGAAGUGAAACCAUAAGGAGCUUAAUAGUUGACUGCAUCGUUCAAAUGAUAAAAUCCAAAAUAGGAAGCAUCAAGUCUGGAUGGCGUAACGUUUUCAUGAUUUUUACAGCUGCUGCAGAUGAUGAAUUGGAAUCAAUUGUUGAGAGUGCAUUUGAAAAUGUAGAACAGGUUAUCUUGGAACACUUCGAUCAAGUAGUUGGAGAUUGUUUCAUGGACUGUGUCAACUGUCUUAUCAGGUUUGCUAAUAAUAGAACUUCACACCGUAUAAGUUUGAAGGCUAUUGCACUAUUGCGCAUAUGUGAGGAUCGUCUGGCAGAGGGUCUUAUACCUGGUGGUGCUUUGAGGCCUAUUGACGUAAAUGUGGAUACAACUUUUGAUGUGACUGAACAUUACUGGUUCCCAAUGCUGGCUGGUCUGUCUGAUCUGACAUCAGAUCCAAGACCAGAGGUCAGAAGCUGUGCGCUUGAAGUUUUGUUUGAUCUACUGAAUGAGAGAGGUAGCAAAUUCUCAUCAGCAUUUUGGGAGAGCAUUUUUCAUCGGAUCUUGUUUCCCAUAUUUGAUCAUGUGAGACAUGUUGGAAAGGAAAGCUCGGUUUCCUCUGAUGAUGUAUGGUUCCGUGAAACAAGCAUUCACUCGCUGCAGUUGCUUUGCAACCUUUUCAACACGUUUUAUAAGGAAGUAUGUUUCAUGUUGCCACCCCUACUCAGUCUACUUUUGGAUUGUGCCAAAAAGACUGAUCAAGCAGUUGUUUCAUUAUCUCUGGGUGCACUUGUGCAUCUCAUUGAAGUUGGAGGACAUCAAUUUAGUGAGAGCGACUGGGAUACAUUGUUGAAAAGCAUAAGAGAUGCUUUGUACACAACGCAACCACUUGAACUGCUAAACGCUUUGGGAUUUGAGAAUCUGAAGAACAAUAAUAGGGUGCCAACCGGACAUUUAGAGGUCAAUUCAGGUGAUAGCCCUUCCAUAAAGUCUGAUUAUGAGGGAGUGGAUAGCCGUCAAUUUGAAUUCAGUGAUAAUGGAAGAAAUCCAGUAUCGGUUAAACAAAACUCGGGGGUGCAAAUGAACACGGAUGGAUCUGAAGGCCUUCCAUCACCAUCAGGAAGUGCUUCAAAAUCUGCUGAAGGUCGAAGCCUCCAACGGAGUCAAACAAUAGGUCAAAGGAUUAUGGACAAUCUCUUUCUUAGAAAUCUUACUUCUAAGCCUAAGGCUAUUCCAUCCGAGGUUUCAGUACCAUCUUCUCCAAUUAGGGUGACUGAGGCUGUCGAACCUGAUAUCAGAGAUGAGGAGGAAAGUUCACUGUUGGGAACUUGUAGGGGCAAAUGCAUCACUCAACUUUUACUUCUUGGUGCCAUUGAUGGUAUUCAGAAGAAAUACUGGAGCAACUUGAAAACACCACAAAAGAUCGCUAUUAUGGAUAUUUUGCUGUCUGCAUUAGAGUUCGCAGCGUCGUACAAUUCAUAUACCAAUCUCAGAACACGCAUGCACCAAGUUCAUGAUGAGAGGCCACCUCUGAAUCUUCUCCGCCAAGAAUUAGCAGGAACUUGUAUAUAUCUGGAGAUCUUACAGAAAGCAACCUCUGGGUUUAGUGCUGACAAAGAGGGAGAAACUAAUGGUGAAGAGAAAGUUGAAGGAUUAGCCGAAGAGAAGCUGGUGUCUUUCUGUGAACAGGUACUCAGGGAGGCAUCUGAUUUGCAGUCCAGUCCUGGGGAGACUACUAAUAUGGAUAUUCAUCGGGUUCUGGAAUUACGAUCUCCAAUAAUUAUCAAGGUGAUUAAAGGCAUGUGCUUUAUGAACCAACAGAUUUUCAGACGGCAUCUUAGAGACUUCUAUCCGUUGCUUACAAAACUCGUAUGCUGUGACCAGAUGGACUGUUCGCGGAGCUCUUGGUGAUCUCUUCAGGGCACAAUUGAAAGCACUUCUGCCAUAAGCUACUUUCCCCGUGUUGCCACUUUCACGAGAGACCCAGUAGAAAUGAUUUUCGACAUCACUGCUCCAUACGCUGAAGGUCUAAUUUUCAUUUUACCCGGUAAAUUUUGUCGUAACGGUAUAAUGUAGAGUUAAUAGGAAAGUAAAAAAAAGAGAGUAAACAUGUUUGUUUUGCAUCGGCCUCUUAUUGUUCAAAAUCAUCUCCUCCUUUUUUGGUUGUGGUGUAAUUUAAAGUAACAAAUGAUUAGUAGAUUAAUUACAAACAUCAUUUGUUUA